AUGCGUCUUUCGCCUCUUCGCCUGGCCCGCCGGCUCGGCAUCGCCGUCGCCGUCGCCAGCGUGCUGCCGCUGGCACACGCCUAUGCCGAAGUGUUGCAUCUCAGGCCUCUGGCCGAUGGGCGCUUGAGCGCAGCGUUCACUUUCGACCUCGCCGACGCCUCUCCCUCCUCCUCCUCCUCCUCCUCCUCCUCCUCCUCCUCGCCCUCGCCCGGCUCCUCCUCCUCCUCCUCCUCGGAGCAUUUCAGCAUCCUGCCGCGCCCCCUACUGCACGCGGCCAGCGCGGGCAAUGUGCACGAGGUGGCGCUGAGUCUGGCGCGCGGCGAGUGGGAGUAUGCGCGCUGGGGCAUGCCGUUUGCAGGCGGCGGCGGCGGCGGCAGAGAAGAGGGCAGAGGGCGAGGCAGCGGCGGUGAGGGCAAGGGAGCGGGCGCGGGCGCGGAACUGUGGGCCGUGCUGAGGGAUCAAAGGUGA